CCAUCCAUUAGUUUGCACAAAGUGCUUCGGUGUUUAGCUUCGCUUUAACCCAAUUAAGCUGCACAGCGAGCCCAGAAAGAUGCGCCACCUGCGCCAGGCUGCAGUCGGCGGCGACGGUAUCCCAAAUCCCUCUGUCGGACACAGGGAACUACCAGGGCCUCGGUGUUGAUGCUACCUCGAGCUCCAUAGGCCGGGUUGAGGCACCGAGGGCGCGAUCUCGAGGGAAGGUCAGGGCCAAAUAUCCCUAAGCUACACAGAAGUCCCUGAACUCUAGGCCGGGGCCGCUCUAGGGUGGGGCGGCGGUGAGAGCAGAGUGGCACACGGGCACCGAGCGUGGUUCGCAGCAGUAGUGGAGAGUAGGGACACCCAGAAAGCUUUACAAUUAGCCUGAGAGCAGAUGAACCAAAGAGAGCUGGGGAACAAGCAAGGGUCGAGGGGAGAAGUUGCCUGGCGCACCCCACCCCGAGGACCUGCGCGUUCCCACUCCUUGCCGCACAGUUCUUUCUUGUUGGUUUUGUGCUCCGGGUUGCCUCCUUCAGCUGCCAAAAGGUAGCAGUGCGUUCACCCGCGACGCCUGCAAACUGGGGAGGGGCUUUGAGAAUUCCUACUCCACUCUCCCAAGGGAAAAGAAGGUCUUGGGGGAAUGGAAUAAAUGGCCAUCCUAAGCCCCAAAUAUUAGACACUAUUUUAAUCUAAAUCGGAAUCUAUUAGAGGUGGCCCCGUGACGUUUAAAAGUCGGGAGUCUUCAACAGGAGUCCAUUAAAAGCCCUUACACAGGUGUUACUCUAUCCUUAUACUGGAAAUCUUUUAAUGCGAAACAGAUCUCUGCACUAAAAGCAGGCAACUGAAAUCUACUAUGCAAGCCCUAAUCACUCUUUCUUUAGCUCAUGUGCACUGAGGACUCAUCUGGUGAUGGCACUGGCUAGCUCCCUAAAAAACCUCUUUAGCAUUCCAAAAAGAAAAAAAAAGAAAGAAAAAAGAAAAAAGAAAAGAAAGAAAGAAAGAAAGAAAAACCUAAAGAAACAAACUCAAACCUGAAAGGUUACAAAUUAAUUUUUGAAGCCGUUGGCCAUCUUCUCACAAUCAAAUUAUGAAAUUCCAUAAGAUUAGGAACCUAUUGUUGGUCGCCACUAAAGAUACCUGGGAUGGGAGAUCUGUCUUUAUGUCUGCUUGAGCAAACAAGGUAGAAGGGCCACACCUUCAAGUUCUCAAGUUAAGCCCACUUCAGUGAAUCGUCUAGAUUCUGUCCAACACAGCUCAUCUAAAUCCCAAAGAUCUUGUGGAAAGUAUUCCCGAAAGAGCACCAUACAGCUUUCACUGUGGUUUGUUAUGUUAGCACUGGCCAACCCAGCUACAGACAAGGGGAACUGCAGAUAGGUUGGUGAGCUUGUUUUAAUCAGCCCUGUUUGACUGGGCAGAUACUAUCUACGGUACUCAGCGGUAAUUUUUACAUUCCUCUCAGUAAAUGAAAAUAGAGAAAACCUAGGUAAAAAGAGAACAGGUUUUGCCUAAGGUUUUGAAAAGUGUUCUGACUGGGGAACACCCAACAUGGAGAAAAGCUGGAGAACUCUGAGAUCUGAAGCUAGCAGUCAGUUAAGAAGCAAAACUUCUAGCGUGCAUUAAAAAGAUCCCAAGGAUUAACACGCACUAAUUACCUUACUCUAAAUUUAAGCUAGUGACUUUGUUCUAAAAGGCUUCUUUGACUUCACUAAUUGGUGAGUGACCACUGGUACACCUGGUAGCUCACCAGAGGUGAACAGACAAGCGGGCUUCAUAGCACUGAGAGCCACUUCUCUUCGCCAAGUCUUUCCCAAGUGUCAAUAUGCUUCAAGUUAUACCAAAGCCAGAUUUCCUCUUGCUUUCCAACCUGUCUAGGUGGCCUGGGUGGUUUUCUGCCGGCAGCAGUUUCCUACCUUUGGUUUCUGGGCCUCUAUCCACGAGGGGGGAUUAAUUAGCCGGGCUGAAGCUGGGGGAGGCUGUCGUGACGAGCCCAGUGGCGAUUGGCCGCCCGCCUGCCUGGCCCUGCCUUUAUAAUUUCCACACGAGUGCAUUUGGGCUUUUACACAAACCAACAGCAGCUUCUUCUGACAGACGCACACUCACCCCGACACACACUCGGCAUACUUUUCCUCCGUCUGAUUAACAGUCUUGCACACACCAUGAUUACGGGAAAACGUAAAUAAAUACGUAAAGGGGUGACUAUUUUGACUACUGGAAGAUCCUUGCGAGGAUUCAGCGCAACUUUUGUUUUUAUUACUGAGAAGGUGUUCUCUCCACGCAUCUCUCUCAGAGGAUUCUUUAGCGGAGGAGAGGGGGAGAGUGCAGCCUUUCACUUUAAGACCGGCUAGGCUCGCGGAUAAAAGGCCGGCUGGGCAGGGCAGCCCCCACUGCAGCCUGACCGAAAGGCUAGGUGCCUUUUGCGCGUGGCCCCCUUUCACCACCGAAGUUGGCUCCAGCGCUAGCAGCCGCAUUGGAUCCCACAGCUUAUUGUGAGACUCCGGUGUACAAUCCGGAUCUCUGCCCCAACAUGAUCGCGGCCCAGGCCAAGCUGGUCUACCACCUGAAUAAGUACUACAACGAGAAAUGCCAGGCCAGGAAAGCUGCCAUCGCCAAAACCAUCCGGGAAGUCUGCAAAGUGGUCUCCGACGUCCUGAAGGAAGUGGAGGUGCAGGAACCGCGCUUCAUCAGUUCCCUCAACGAGAUGGACAAUCGCUAUGAGGGCCUGGAGGUCAUCUCUCCCACCGAGUUCGAGGUGGUACUCUAUCUGAACCAGAUGGGGGUGUUUAACUUCGUGGAUGACGGCUCACUGCCUGGCUGCGCGGUGCUGAAACUGAGCGACGGGCGGAAGAGGAGCAUGUCCCUCUGGGUGGAAUUCAUCACCGCCUCUGGCUACCUCUCCGCACGCAAAAUCCGCUCCAGGUUUCAGACGCUGGUGGCUCAGGCGGUGGACAAGUGUAGCUACAGGGAUGUAGUAAAGAUGGUGGCUGACACGAGCGAAGUGAAACUGCGAAUUCGCGAUAGGUACGUGGUGCAGAUCACCCCGGCUUUUAAAUGCACCGGGAUCUGGCCGCGGAGUGCUGCCCACUGGCCGCUUCCCCACAUCCCCUGGCCAGGACCCAAUCGGGUGGCAGAGGUCAAAGCCGAAGGGUUCAAUCUGUUGUCCAAGGAGUGCCACUCCCUGGCCGGCAAGCAGAGCUCGGCGGAGAGCGACGCUUGGGUGCUGCAGUUUGCUGAGGCUGAGAACAGACUGCAAAUGGGGGGCUGCAGGAAGAAAUGUCUCUCCAUCCUGAAAACCCUACGCGACCGCCACCUGGAGUUGCCAGGGCAGCCUCUCAACAACUACCACAUGAAGACUCUGGUGUCCUACGAGUGCGAAAAGCAUCCCCGGGAGUCGGACUGGGACGAAUCUUGCCUGGGCGACCGGCUGAAUGGAAUUCUGCUGCAGCUCAUCUCAUGCCUGCAGUGCCGCCGGUGUCCCCACUACUUCUUACCGAACUUAGAUCUGUUUCAAGGCAAACCGCACUCGGCUCUGGAAAACGCUGCUAAACAAACGUGGCGAUUGGCAAGAGAGAUCCUGACCAACCCAAAAAGUUUGGAAAAACUCUAGAGGAUGAUCUAAUUCAGGGCCGUCAAGUUCACUCGGCUCAACGUCCUGACGAAAUGAAAACUUCCUGGUUGAUUCCUAUUUCCUGAGACAGUGCAAACAAUCUCUUCCUUUAAAAGGAGUAACAGCACAACAUUUACGCAUCAUCUCACACACCCCUAAAAAGAGGAGAGAAUGGAGUAGGGAAACACAGGAGAAAACCUACACCCACAAGCAUCUUUAUGCAGAAACUCCCAUCUCCCCUGAAAAGUACACAAAACCCGAAAAGACCCAAAAAGACCUGAGCAACAACGCAAGACCUUGACCAACUCCAUCAAAGGAUUACAGCAAUCUUGAGACUUAGGCGCAUCUGCCUUUCAGUAAACAGGACCUGGAUGUGCCAUCGGAAGGAGCGAAAGGAGCGUGUAAUGUAUAUUUUGAUUUGUAAUAAAAAUUGUGAUCUCAUGUUGUCUUUGAAAGUGUGGAUGUUGGUGUUUUGUGAUUUGGUGAACAAAACUGAAAUUGCCGUUUGGAAACUUCUAGACACUUUCCAUGAACAAAGAUGCAUUUAAAGGUAGAUUUCCUUCUGGUACUUAACCUGUCUGUGAAGUGUCUGAACUUUAAAAAAAAAGUUUACAUUUUGUUUCAAAUAUAUUGCUUGUUCUAACAUUCCAUAACUAUACUUGAAAUGUUAUUUAAAUAUAUUCAAAGGAAUUUGAAUUCAGCUUAUAUAAUAACGCUUGAAUAUCUGAAUUAUAUAUAUUUGAAAAUGCACUUGAAAU